AUGCAGGAGCGACGGUGUGGAAACGGAAUAUCGCUAUGCGUCGGAUGCGGGUCACAAAUUCAGGAUCAGUAUAUAUUGCGAGUCAGCCCUGAUCUGGAGUGGCAUGCAAGCUGUCUUAAGUGUGUUGAGUGUCUACAGUUCCUCGACGAGAGCUGUACCUGCUUUGUGAGAGAAGGCAAAACCUACUGCAAGAGUGACUAUCACAGGUUAUUCGGCGCCAAGUGCUCGAAAUGUGGAUUGAGUUUUAGUCGUAGUGAUUUUGUGAUGAGAGCACGAGGGAAAAUUUUCCACAUCGACUGCUUUCGAUGCAUCGCAUGUUCGAGGCAACUCAUACCCGGUGACGAGUUUGCGAUCCGGGAAGAUGAGUUGUUCUGCAAAGCGGAUCACGACGUUUUAGGUGUGGCGGACGCAGUCCCAUCGGUAGGUCCCCGCGGAAACGGGCUCCCCUCUCUCGGCGGCAACGGUGCUGGUGGCGGAGGCGGUGGGCCUGGAGGCGGCGGGGGCGGCGGCAGUGCGGGCGGCGGCUCUGUCCGGUCUCAGGGCCACAAGGGCGGCAGGGGCGGUGAACACAAGCCCACCAGGGUGCGGACCGUGCUCAAUGAGAAGCAGCUCCACACCCUGAGAACCUGUUACGCGGCGAACCCGAGACCGGACGCGCUGAUGAAGGAGCAGCUCGUCGAGAUGACCGGAUUGUCCCCGAGGGUGAUCAGGGUCUGGUUCCAGAACAAGAGGUGCAAAGACAAGAAGCGCUCCAUCAUGAUGAAGCAGAUGCAGCAAAGCGAGAAGGACGGCCGUCAGCUGAGCCUAGGAGCCCUGCGUGGAGUGCCGAUGGUUGCAACAUCUCCCGUUCGCCACGAGCCCGGCCAGGGCCAACUGAGUCAGGCGCUAGAUAUCCAGGCGUAUCAAGCGCCCUGGAAGACGCUCUCGGAGUACGCGAUCAGUCAUCCGGACUCUGACCUCGACCCUAAUAGCCCGCAGUUUCGACAACUUGUUAAUCAGAUGCAUGGCUAUGAUCCCUCUGGCCCCGUGGCGAUGCCCCUGGAACCAAGCCACACGUACCUGGGCGGCUUGGAUGAUUCCAACUGCCAAAUGCCUCCCCGGUCCCCUUCUGAGAUGUCCUCGGCCGCGAGCGAUUAG